AUGGGCAACAGCUAUGGUGGAUUUGGAGGUAGCUAUGGGGGUAUGAAUUCAAUGUAUGGAAACAACAUGGGAGGAAUGAUGAAUAAUAUGAAUCCUGAACAAAUGCAACAGUAAAAUGGGCCAAACCCUAAUGGUCAGCAGUAGCAAGAGUAUCAAUUCGAUUUAAGAAGAGAUAUGAGGGAUACCAUUGGUGGUCUAAAUGCAUCUCUUGGUUUAGCUUAUGGUGUGAGUUAGAUGGCUAAUCUUGGAACUAUUGGAAUCAAAUACUUAUUCAAAGCCUUGAAGUGGCUAUUCAAGAAGGUGUUUAACACUAAUAACAUAAUUGCUCCAAUCAAGUUCUUAUUAAAGUUAAUCUUGGGAAGAGAUAUUUUUAGAGGAAGCAGAUAAGCUUAGAUGCAAGUUUAAUCACUCGAUUACUUAGAGAAGAUUUGGCAGACAACUAAUAAUCAGCAAUAAAACCCAAACCCACGAGAUCCAUUACUUCCAAGAAAAAUAUUUGGCAUGUCAAUUAACUUGGUGAAAUCUCUAGUUUUAGCUCUAGUUGGAGUUGGUAUUUAACUGGUUCUGUUCCUAAUGAAAAGAGGAAAGGCAAGGAGACUUGAAGAGAUAGAGAAACAAGAGGUAGAAGAACGUAAAAGAUAAUUAGAAUAAGAAUGGUUGGCUGCUCAGGAAGAGUCAGAUCCAGAGCUUGUCAUUCUCAGAGGUCUUGAAGAAUCUAAGAUUGCAAUGAACUUUGACAAUAGCAUAUAAGCCUAUGAUGGAGAACUUACCUCGAUGACAUUUAAUCAUGUGAAAAGUAGUAAAGCCUUUAAGAAUAAGAUAGACAUUGUGGAUGAAAGUGAUCUCUCAUGGCUUGGUACAACUGCUAGUAGUUCAAUAAAUAUUAGUGACAUUGAUCAAUAGAGUUUGCUAAAAUCUGAAGAUGGUUGGUAAAAAAGAAGAGCUAUUAGUAAUGCUAAAAAAGUUGAAUUUAGUUCAAUAAGCAACUAGCAGCAAUGA